AUGGCUUUAAGCAGCAUAUUCAAUAUCUUUGUGUUCCUUCACCUAUUCCCAGUCAUUCACAGUUCUUUUAUAAGACUUAAUAAUGGAGGUUAUGAUGACAUUACAAUUGCAAUUCACCCUGGACUACAGGAAGAUACUGAGAUCAUUGAGAGAAUUAAGGAAAUGGUUAUAGAUGCAUCAAGCUAUUUAUUCAAUGCUACAGAGAACAGGCUUUAUAUAAACAGUGUGAACAUUUUAGUACCAUCAACGUGGACUUCAAAAAAUGAUUACGUUAAGCGACAAAGAGAAACAUAUAAAAAGGCUGAUGUGAUAAUUGAAAAUCCUUUCCCAAAAUAUGGAGAUGACCCAUAUACUCUUCAGUACAGAGGAUGUGGUGCACCAGGAGAAUACAUCCAUUUAACUCCUAACUUCAUGCUGAAUGACAGUCUUGCUUCAGUAUAUGGAUCUGCAGGAAGAGUAUUUGUUCAUGAAUGGGCACAUCUUCGGUGGGGUGUUUUUGAUGAGUACAGUACAGAAAAACCAUACUACAUUUCCAGCGAACUUAAAAUAGAAGCCACUAGGUGUUCUGAGACUUUUAAGGGCUCAAAUUUAAUUAACAAAUGUGAAGGAGACACAUGUACACUACGCUCAUGCAACAUUGACUCUAAAACAGGCUUGUAUGAAGAAGGGUGUCUCUUUUUACCUGAAAAAGACCAGAACGUGCAGCAAUCCAUUAUGUAUCUUCAAUCACUUUCCUCAGUAUCAGCUUUUUGUAAUGAUAGCAAUCAUAACCUAGAGGCUCCCAACCUGCAGAACAGAAUGUGCAACUUGUACAGUACUUGGGAAGUCAUCAAGAAUUCUACUGAUAUUAGCUCAACUUCACCAAGACCUAAUGGGCAAAUCUCAACCCCUACAUUCACGUUGCUGCAGUAUAAGACUCAGAUAAUCACAGUAGCAAUAGACAUAUCUGGAAGCAUGAAAUCUUUUGAUCGCAUUGGCCGGAUGUACCAAGCAGCAGAAUUUUUCUUCAUGCAUGUGAUCGAAACAGGAUCUUAUGCUGGAAUUGUUGAAUUUGCAAGUUAUGCAUUUGCCACAUCAAAACUAGUCAAAAUUAAUAGUCAUCAGGAUCGAGAAACAUUAAUAUCUAAAGUACCCUCUACAACACUGAAUGAAGUUGCAAAUAUCUGUGUUGGCAUUCAAAAAGCACUGAAGGUAAAUAAACAGUUUAAUGGGGCCACUGCCGGCACUGAAAUAAUACUGGUUACAGAUAGUGAGUAUAACAUUUCCAAAUGCAUUGAUGCCAUAUCAGACAGCGGUGCAGCAAUUCAUGUCAUAGCACUUGGAUCAGAAGCAGCACAGCAACUGGAAAACAUUGCAGAUAUUACUGGAGGACAAAAACAUUUUGCCACAGACAGACUUUCUAAUGAUCUAAUUGAAGCUUUUAGUGCAAUUACAAAGGGAGAUGGAGAUUUUACUCAGCAAGCUAUUCUGCUGGAUAGCACCAGUUUCCUUCUUAAGCAAGAAGAGUGUCUGAAUAACACCGUUUUUAUAGACAAUACAGUUGGCACAUCCACGUUUUUCCUGGUUACAUGGCAAACUGCUGUUCCAACCAUCAACUUAGAAGAUCCGAAAGGAAAUCUUUACAUGGAAGCACAGUUCACUAAUAAUACCAUUUCUAAUUCAUCUAGGUUACAAAUCCCAGGAAAAGCAGAGAGUGGAAUCUGGCAUUAUUCCCUUUGCAACAGCCUUAAGAGCCCUCAAGUAAUAGGCAUGGUUGUGACAUCCAAAGCAGCAGAUAUAAAUGUGCCUCCAGUAACUGCCAGUGUUCAUAUGAGCCAAGACACAGGCAUUUACCCAAAACCAAUGAUUGUCUACGCAUCAGUGCGCCAAGGUACAAUGCCUGUAAUUGGAGUGAAAGUAACAGCUACCAUCGAAUCUGAAAGUGGCAAUUCUUUAAGCUUUGAUCUUCUGGAUAAUGGUGCAGGUGCUGAUACAUUUAAGAAUGAUGGAGUCUACUCAAAAUACUUUUUUGCUUUCACUGAAAAUGGUAGACACAAUGUAAAAAUCCAUGUUGUGGGGGCACAAACAGUAGGCAAAACAGCAGUGACCAGAAGUUCUGCAUUUUAUGUACCUGGCUAUGUGGAAAAUGAUAUGAGCUGCGAUCAAACACCAAUCCAAGACACCUCCGAGACAACUUUCAAAGCUCAACUGAAGAAAAUAUCUCCAGUCAUCUUCCACAAGAGGCAGGAUCUGUGGAAAAAUUUAUAUUUCACAAGCAGCAAUUGUCACUGCUACAACAACCCCGCCUACAGAUACAACAACACAGUAUACAGGUAUAACCCAGUCCACAGAUACAACAACCCGGUCCACAGAUACAACCACCCUUUCCACAGAUACAACAACCCAACCUACAGAUACAGCAACACAGUAUACAGAUAUAACCCAGUCCACAGAUACAACAACCCGGUCCACAGAUACCACAACCUUGUCUACAGAUACCACAACACUGUCUACAGAUACCACAACCAUGUCUACAGAUACCACAACACUGUCUACAGAUACAACAACACUGUCUACAGAUACAACAACACUGUCCACAGAUACAACAACACUGUCUACAGAUACAACAACACGGUCUACAGAUACAACAACCCUGUCCACAGAUACAACACUGUCUACAGAUACCACAACACUGUCAGAUACAACAACCCUGUCUACAGAUACCACAACACUGUCCACAGAUACAACAACACUGUCUGCAGAUACCACAACACGGUCUACAGAUACCACAACCCUGUCCACAGACACAACACUGUCUACAGAUACAACAACACGGUCUACAGAUACAACAACCCUGUCUACAGAUACAACAACACGGUCUACAGACACAACAACCCUGUCUACAGAUACAACAACACUGUCUACAUAUACAACAACACUGUCCACAGAUACAACACUGUCUACAGAUACAACAACACGGUCUACAGAUACAACAACACGGUCUACAGACACAACAACCCUGUCUACAGAUACAACAACACUGUCUACAGAUACAACACCUCCGUUUACAGAUAUCACAACACGUUCUACAGAUACAACAACCCCGUCUACAGAUACAACAACCCUGUCUACAGAUACCACAACCCUGUCCACAGAUACAACAACACUUUCUACAGAUACAACAACACUGUCUACAGAUACAACAACACGAUUUACAGAUACAACAACCCUGUCUACAGAUACCACAACACUGUCCACAGAUACCACAACACUGUCUACAGAUACAACAACACGAUUUACAGAUACAACAACCCCGUCUACAGAUACAACAACACUGUCUACAGAUACAACAACACGGGCUACAGACACAACAACCCUGUCUACAGAUACCACAACCCUGUCCACAGAUACAACAACACUGUCUACAGAUACAACAACACUGUCCACAGAUACAACAACACUGUCUACAGAUACAACAACACGGUCUACAGAUACAACAACACCCUCUACAGAUACAACAACCCUGUCUACAGAUACCACAACCCUGUCCACAGAUACAACAACACUUUCUACAGAUACAACAACACUGUCUACAGAUACAACAACAUAUUCUACAGAUACAACAACACUGUCUACAGAUACAACAACACAUUCUACAGAUACAACAACACUGUCUACAGAUGCAACAACCCUGUCUACAGAUACAACAACACUGUCUACAGAUACAACAACCCUGUCUACAGAUACAACAACACGGUCUACAGAUACAACAACACGGUCUAUAGAUACAACAACACGGUCUAUAGACACAACAACACGGUCUACAGAUACAACAACACGGUCUACAGAUACAACAACACGGUCUACAGACACAACAACCCUGUCUACAGAUACAACAACACUGUCUACAGAUACAACAACACUGUCUACAGAUACAACAACACGGUCUACUGA